AUGCGCUGGUUAUCGUUUGUUAGCAACGACACAACGUCUUUUGGGUAUGUCACCAGCGAUGGUCUCGGUGUAGUUGAUGCCGGUAAGCGCAGCGAGUUCACCUCGCUGCGUGAAGCGAUUGCUGCUGAUGCUUUGCAGUCCUUGCCACAAGCCUGUGGUGAUACAGCAGAUCUUGCCCUGGCAGACAUCACGUUUGCACCUACCAUCACCGAUCCGAAAAAAAUCCUUUGUGUGGGUUUGAAUUACAAAGCACAUCAGGAAGAGACCGGCCGUGGUGGUGAAGGUUACCCCACGGUGUUUGUGCGCUUCGCAGCGGCACAAGUUGCACACAACCAACCGAUGAUCCGUCCUCGCGAAUCCAACACGCUGGAUUUUGAAGGGGAAAUUGCCAUGAUCAUCGGUACGGGCGGGCGACGUAUCUCACAAUCCCAGGCGAUGGAUCAUGUCGCCGGCUUUGGUAUCUACAACGAUGGCAGUGUGCGCGAAUACCAGCGCCAGACCAGUCAGUUCACACCGGGUAAAAACUUUACCGCGACGGGUGGCUUCGGCCCCUGGAUGAUGACCCCUGACGAAAUUGGUGAUCUGGCUAAAAUGGAAAUCACCACACGCCUGAAUGGUGAAGUGAUGCAGAACGCAACGUCAGACCUUUUGGUGCAUGGUUUUGCAGAACUCAUCGAAUACUGUUCAACCUUCAUCGAGCUGGAACCAGGUGAUGUCAUUGUCACAGGUACCCCCGGCGGUGUCGGCGCGGCGCGCAAACCACCCGUGUUUAUGGACGAUGGUGAUCUGAUCGAAAUUGAAGUUAAACCGAUUGGCACGCUCAGCAAUCCAGUUGUGGGGGGUGCAGUUAUCACUGUGGACCCACAGUUGGGCAAUCAAUCCGCGGUUGCGGUGCGUGACGCCGUCAUCGUUGCGGUAGGUAGCGAAGCAGAAAUCAACCCCUACAUUGGCCCGGAUACUGAGGUUGUUGAACUCAACGGUCGAGUUCUGACCCCCGGGUUUAUCGAGGGCCAUGGUCACUUUUUAAGCCUUGGCAGAGCGCAACAGGUGUUAGAUCUGAGCCAGGCGCAAAGAUACAGUGAUAUUGUUGGUCAGGUUGCCGCCGCGGCAGAUGCGGCGCCGGCUGGCGCCUGGAUUUUUGGUAUGGGUUGGCACCAGGAUAAAUGGGGCAGGCAGGAACCUGGUUCCGUUGAUGGUGUCCCGCUCAAUACCGCGCUGAAUGAAGCUGCGCCGGAUAACCCGGUUUAUCUGUCUCAUGCCAGUGGUCAUGCCGCAUUUGCAAACAAUACUGCCCUGCAGGCGGCAGGAAUCGGCGAUCAAACACAAGACCCGCCAGGUGGCACCAUUGUGCGAACCGCACAGGGCGUGGCAACGGGACUGCUGCGGGAGAAGGCAAAAAGCCUGGUAGAGGUGGCCAUUGCAGAGUACGAAUCGCGACGCACACCUGAGCAGGUUCAAGCAGACCUGCGCGAACGAGUUCAACUUGCCGGGGCUCAAGCUCUGGCUAAUGGUAUUACUUCUUUUCACGAUGCAGGCGCCUCUUUUGCUCACAUCGACUUCUUUCAGGCAUUAGAAGACGCGGGUGAGCUGCCCGUGCGCCUUUAUGUCAUGGUGCGGGGUGAAACGAACGAAGCUAUGCAGGAACGGCUGCCUGGCUAUCUUUCUCCUGCCAACGGCAAUGAUUUCCUCGCCGUCCGUUCGAUAAAACGCCAGAUUGACGGCGCUCUUGGUGCGCAUGGCGCCUGGCUUCUGGAGCCGUAUGUUGAUUUGUCGGUGUCCUCUGGCCUGGUGCUGGAGCCCAUUGAAGACAUCGAAGAAACUGCGCGCAUCGCGAUUAAACAUGGAUUUCAGAUCAACACACAUGCGAUAGGCACUCGCGCCAAUAGAGAAACGUUAGAUCUGUAUGAGCGUGUAUGGGCUGAACAUGACAUUGCCGGUGAUCAACUGCGCUGGCGCAUCGAACACGCUCAACACAUUCAUCCGCAGGACAUACCCAGGUUCGGACAGCUGGGGGUCAUAGCUGCUGUGCAAGGCGUGCAUUGCACCUCUGAUGGGCCCUGGAUCGCCAGUCGACUCGGAGAGCCGCGCACCGAGCAGACCUCGUACCGCUGGCGUGAUCUGCUCGACAGUGGUGCGCGUAUUGGCAAUGGCACCGAUGUGCCGGUGGAAAACAUCAACCCGAUAGCGUCCUAUUACGCCUCUGUGGCCAGGAUGAUGAAUACUGGUGAAGCGUUUUAUGCAGACCAGGCCAUGACGCCCAUGGAGGCAUUGAAAAGUUACACGUUGGAUAAUGCGUAUGCGGCGUUUGAAGAAUCGCUGAAAGGCUCUAUCUCGCCGGGUUGA